GCAGUUUCGGGGUUGCGCCGUACGGUACGAGUCCUCUCAGGAAAGAGGGAAUAUGAUCUUCUGGUAAUUGGUGGAGGGUCUGGAGGCCUUGCUUGUGCAAAAGAAGCUGCUCAGUUUGGAAAGAAAGUAGCUGUUUUGGAUUAUGUGGAACCUUCUCCACAAGAAACCAAAUGGGGACUUGGUGGAACUUGUGUGAAUGUUGGCUGCAUUCCUAAAAAGCUUAUGCAUCAAGCAGCCCUUCUGGGGAGUGCCCUUAAAGAUGCCCAACACUAUGGCUGGAAUAUAGCCCAACCUGUUCAUCAUACCUGGUCUGUGAUGGCACAAGCUGUUCAGAAUUAUGUGAAAUCCUUGAACUGGGGACACAGAGUGCAGCUACAAGACAAGAAGGUGAAGUAUUUCAACAUGAAAGGGAGUUUUUCUGACCCGCAUACGAUCCUUGGUAUAACAAAAGCAGGAAAAGAGACUGUUGUUACUGCAGAAAAUAUUGUCAUUGCUACUGGAGGAAGACCAAAAUAUCCUAUACACAUUGCGGGUGCACUGGAGUAUGGAAUCACAAGUGAUGAUCUGUUCUGGUUAAAAGAAUCUCCUGGAAAAACGUUGGUUGUUGGAGCCAGCUAUGUUUCACUUGAGUGUGCUGGUUUUCUAACGGGCAUUGGAUUGGACACUACAGUCAUGAUGAGAAGUAUCCCACUUCGUGGGUUUGAUCAGCAAAUGGCAUCUUUAGUGACUGAGCACAUGGAAUCUUACGGCACAAAAUUUUUAAAGAGGUGUUUCCCAACCAAAGUUGAAAAAUUGGAGAGCAACAGAUUGCAAGUCACCUGGAAAAAUACUGACCUGGGCACAGAAGAAACUGAUUCCUUUGAUACAGUGAUGUGGGCAGUAGGUAAACUUG